CGGUCCCAAUGGAGUCCAAAGAGAUCUAUGACCAAGUCAACAACCGGUACGGCUCAAUCGUUAAGAGUAAUACCGGCCGCUAUGAGCAGACCGUGGCCAAGGCCUUCGGAUACUCGGAACAAGACCUGGCUAGCAUCCCUGAGGGCGCGAACCUUGGUCUGAGCUGCGGCAACCCCACGGCAAUUGCGAGGCUGAGAGAGGGCGAAACAGUCAUCGAUCUUGGGUCUGGCGCUGGCCUCGAUGUGUUUACAGCAGCGAAGAAGGUUGGCCUUACGGGUAGGGCUAUUGGAAUUGACAUGAACAAGAACAUGAUUGACAAGGCGAAUGCCAACAAAUCUCGCGUCGACGCCUCAAGCGCCGAGUUCAUCGAGAGUCCCAUCACAUCCAUCCCAGUACCUGACAACAUCGCCGACUGCAUCAUAAGCAACUGCGUCAUCAACCUUGUCCCCGCCGAAGAAAAGCAACUGGCGUUCAAUGAAAUGUUCCGACUACUCAAGCCUGGUGGCCGAGUUGCCAUCAGUGAUAUCCUCGCGCGUAAGGAGUUAACAGAUGAGAUGAAGAAAGACAUGUCUCUAUACGUCGGGUGCAUUUCGGGGGCCAGCCAGGUCAGCGAGUACGACGCGUUUCUGAGGAACGCAGGGUUCCAAGACAUUGUCAUCGUGGACAGCAACAGUGAUUUGAACGUGUACUGGAGCGCAGCCGACGACAAGCCACUGUGUUGCGGGACAGAUGCUUCCAAGCCGCAAGACGAGGUCUCCUCUUGCUGCAGUCAAGAGAUCAGACACAGUUCCAGCACUGAGCAGGAGUCAUGCCACCAGAGUGUAAUGGCCGACGAAGCCAGCAGACUGACCAAACAGCUUGGUAUCACCGACUUUAACGAAUGGGCAGGAUCAUUCAAGGUAUAUGCGGUUAAGCCGGGGGCGAAAUGAGACUCGGAGCAACCAGUCUGAAAGAGGUUCAACAGUGUGGUACAGCGAUGGUUUGGGUGCUAUGUCAAAGUCCCAUUCAAGUUGUAGGAUAGAGCUACAAGGUACUUCGCCUUUUUCCUGG